CACUGCUUCUUCCUUCACUUUCUAGCUUAUUUUCCAUCAUUUUCUUCAGAUUUUUAGCACCAAGAAGGUGGUGGUGAGCAUCAUGGGCUUGAGUAGAUUUUCUCCAUUAAUCAGUUUUCUUUACUGUUUCAUUGCUGUUUUGGUUGGAGUAUAUAGUGAGGAAAAUGCUCGAAUUUUUCAUGAUCGAGCAUCGCUUCUUGCCUUCCUGUCUGGGGUUGUUUUAGACCCUGAAAACACGCUUAAGAGCUGGAACUCUUCGGGCGUUCAUGUCUGCAACUGGUCCGGAGUAAGGUGCAACAAUGGCAGAGAUCAAGUGAUUGAACUCGACCUAAGAAGCCAGGCCCUUCGGGGCACCAUUUCACCGGCUAUAUCCAACCUUUCCUUCUUAAGGGUUCUUGAUUUGUCUGGUAACUUCUUUGAAGGUGAGAUUCCAGCAGAGAUAGGCGCACUUUUCAGGCUCCAACAGCUGAGUUUAUCGUCGAAUCUUCUUCGAGGGAAGAUUCCAGCUGAAUUAGGCUUGCUUCGUGAGCUCGUGUAUCUGAAUUUGGGAAGUAACCAGCUGGUGGGUGAGAUUCCAGUCUCACUUUUCUGCAAUGGAUCUUCUACUUUGGAGUAUGUAGACUUCUCCAACAAUUCUCUCAGUGGUGAAAUUCCUUUGAAGAACUGUGAGCUCAAGGAAUUAAGGUUUCUUCUGCUUUGGUCGAAUCGACUUGUAGGUCAUGUUCCACAAGCCCUUUCCAACUCCACUAAGCUGGAAUGGCUUGACGUGGAAUCGAACUUGCUAAGCGGGGAGUUGCCGUCAGGAAUUGUACAGAAAAUGCCGAAUUUACAGAUACUCUAUCUGUCGUAUAAUGACUUUGUAAGCCAUGAUGGUAACACCAACCUUGAACCUUUUUUCGCUUCUUUAGUUAAUUGUUCUAACUUUCAAGAACUCGAGUUAGGAGGAAACAAUCUUGGUGGAGAGAUACCUUCUAUUAUUGGUGAUCUUUCUACUAGUCUUGCACAGAUUCAUCUUGAUGAGAAUCUCAUCUAUGGUCCAAUUCCUGCUGAUAUUUCAAGGCUUGUCAAUCUCACCCUCUUGAACUUGUCUAGUAAUCUCUUAAAUGGUUCUAUUCCAUCAGAGCUGUCCCCAAUGGGAAGGCUGGAGAGGGUUUAUUUUUCCAAUAACUCGCUCUCUGGUGAGAUUCCAUCAGCUUUUGGUGACAUUCCUCAUCUGGGUCUUCUAGACUUAUCGGAAAACAAGCUCUCUGGUUCAAUCCCAGAUAGUUUUGCCAAUCUCUCACAGCUGAGAAGGCUGUUGCUUUAUGAAAAUCAGCUCUCAGGAACAAUACCGCCAAGUCUAGGAAAAUGCAUUAACUUGGAAAUUCUAGACCUUUCUCACAAUAGAAUUUCAGGUAUGAUUCCUAGUGAAGUUGCAGGCCUGCGGAGCUUGAAACUGUACUUGAAUCUGUCUAGCAAUCACUUACAAGGGCCCAUACCCUUAGAGCUGAGUAAAAUGGAUAUGCUGCUAGCUAUGGAUCUCUCAUCGAACAACCUGUCCGGCACAAUCCCCACACAGCUACGAAGCUGCAUUGCUCUAGAGUACCUCAACCUUUCGGGUAAUGUCUUACAAGGACCACUUCCAGUUUCAAUAGGGCAGUUGCCUUAUCUUCAAGAACUCGAUGUAUCUUCAAACCAAUUGAUUGGAGAAAUACCGCAAUCUCUGCAGGCAUCUUCAACUCUCAAGUACCUGAAUUUCUCCUUCAACAAUUUCUCAGGGAACAUAUCAAACAAGGGGUCAUUUUCCUCACUGACCAUGGAUUCUUUCCUGGGAAACGUUGGCCUUUGUGGGUCGAUAAAAGGCAUGCCAAACUGCCGAAGAAAACAUGCUUACCAUUUGGUCCUUUUGCCUAUUCUCCUUUCAAUAUUUGCCACUCCCAUAUUGUGCAUAUUUGGGUACCCGUUCAUGCACAAAUCAGGAAUCAGAAGGCCAUUGGCAAUAUUUAACGGCACAGACAUGGAAGAAGGAGAACAGGAAAGGAAAGAGCUCAAGUACCCCAGAAUCACUCAUAGGCAACUGGUUGAAGCCACCGGCGGCUUCAGCAGUUCAAGCCUGAUUGGCUCAGGUCGUUUUGGGCAUGUCUACAAGGGAGUUCUUCGAGAUAAUACAAGAAUUGCUGUGAAGGUAUUGGAUUCAAGAAUAGCUGCAGAAAUUUCGGGGAGCUUUAAAAGAGAAUGCCAAGUUCUGAAGAGAACCAGGCACCGAAAUUUAAUAAGGAUCAUUACAAUUUGUAGCAAACCAGACUUCAAGGCUCUUGUUCUUCCACUUAUGUCCAAUGGCUGCCUGGAAAGGCAUCUCUACCCAGGCAGAGACUUGGGCCAUGGACUGAAUUUGGUUCAGUUGGUCAGCAUCUGCAGUGACGUAGCUGAAGGAGUGGCCUAUCUGCAUCAUUAUUCUCCUGUUAGAGUCGUGCACUGUGAUCUCAAACCAAGCAAUAUUCUUCUCGAUGAGGACAUGACGGCUUUGGUAACCGAUUUUGGGAUUGCAAAGUUGGUAAGCGGAGAUGAGGGGACUUCUGCUAAUGAUUCAACUUCCUACAGCUCUACUGAUGGCUUGCUAUGUGGAUCAAUUGGCUAUAUUGCUCCUGAGUAUGGAUUGGGAAAGCGGGCAUCGACCCAGGGAGAUGUUUACAGUUUUGGGGUCCUCCUGUUAGAGAUUGUGACAGGGAAGCGUCCCACUGAUGUUCUUUUCCACGAUGGUUCAAGCUUACAUGAAUGGGUGAAGAGUCAGUACCCAAAUAAGCUUGAGCCUAUAGUUGAACAAGCAUUGACAAGAGCUACACCACCUGCCACACCAGUUAAUUGCAGCAGAAUAUGGCGUGAUGCCAUCUUGGAAUUGAUUGAGCUCGGUCUUAUCUGCACACAAUAUAUACCUGCAACAAGACCUAGCAUGUUAGAUGUAGCCAAUGAAAUGGUUCGUUUGAAGCAAUAUCUCUGUAAUCAUUCCUCACAAAUGAUCGAAGAGGCUUAAUUCUACAAAACUUGAUCAAUUUCUCAAGAUGGUUGAGCACAUAAUGUAAUUUUGGUCGAUCAUUACAUUCAUUUGUUUGAUUAUUUCUUGGUAAAG